UCGAGUCUACCUCGCUCGCGCGCACAGACUCGCGCAGCACGUCUAGAAGCUGCGAGGUCUGACCGUCAGCUCUUAUUCAGCGUCCCCUCAGCCCAAACUGGACACAACUGGUGCAGACACCGACAAAAAUGGCCAACACAGAGGGAAGUAAACUUUGGGGAGGUCGUUUCGUUGGAGACAUUGAUCCGAUCAUGGAGAAGUUCAACGCAUCCAUCGCUUAUGACCAGAGGAUGUGGGAUGCUGACAUCCGAGGGAGCAAGGCUUAUGUUAAAGCUCUGGAGAAGACAAAGCUGGUCACCACGGAUGAGAUGAACCAGAUUUUACAUGGGCUGGAUCAGGUUUCUGAGGAGUGGUCCAAAGGUGUUUUUGAGAUCAAAGCUGGAGAUGAAGACAUUCACACUGCCAAUGAGCGCAGGCUAAAGGAGCUGAUUGGUGCCCCUGCAGGGAAGCUGCACACCGGCAGGAGCAGAAACGACCAGGUCGUUACUGACAUGAGACUGUGGCUGCGAGAUGCCAUCUCAACCCUGACGGACAAUGCCCUGCAGCUGAUGUCGACCAUGGUGGAGCGGGCAGCAGCAGAAAUUGACGUCCUGUUUCCUGGUUACACCCACAUGCAGAGGGCUCAGCCAAUCAGAUGGAGCCACUGGAUUCUAAGUCAUGCUGUUGCUCUGAGCAGAGAUGUGGACCGGCUUCAGGAGAUCAAGAAAAGAGUUAAUGUUUUACCUCUCGGCAGCGGUGCCAUCGCUGGAACACCGUUUGACAUUGACAGGGAGCUGCUGCGGAAAGAGCUGGACUUUGAUGGCAUCAGUUUGAACAGCAUGGAUGCCACGGGCCAGAGGGACUUUGUUGCGGAGUUCUUGUUCUGGGCUUCGUUGUGUGUGACCCAUCUGAGUAAGAUGGCCGAGGACCUGAUGCUGUACAGCACGAAAGAGUUCUCCUUCAUCUCACUAUCUGAUGCCUACAGCACGGGCAGCAGUCUGAUGCCCCAGAAGAAGAAUGCUGACAGUUUGGAGCUGAUCAGGAGUAAAGCAGGUCGUGUUUUUGGCAGAUGUGCGGGGUUCAUGAUGACUCUGAAGGGCCUGCCCAGCACCUACAACAAAGACCUGCAGGAGGAUAAGGAGGCCAUGUUUGACUGCUACGAUACUGUUCACGCUGUGCUGCAGGUGACAACUGGAGUCAUUUCAACUCUCAAGAUUAACCAAAGUGUGAUGGAGGCGGCACUCAGUUCGGAUAUGUUGGCCACAGACUUGGCCUACUACCUUGUGAGAAAAGGGAUGCCGUUCAGAGAAGCCCAUGGUAUCUCUGGUAAAGCUGUGUUUGCAGCUGAAUCCAAAAAUGUGGCCUUGAAUCAACUCACUGUGGACGACCUGAGAGCUAUUAGCCCCCUGUUUGAAAGCGACGUAUCGUCAGUGUGGGACUACACGAGCAGUGUGGAGCAGUACAGCGCCCCUGGAGGCACAGCCAAGAGUAGCGUUGCUGCACAGGUGGAACACCUGAGGAACUGGCUGAAGAAACACACACAGUGACCUCAACCUAAUUUCACCUUAAAAAUUUGAAUCAGGUUUAUUGCCACAAUUUAGAUUCCUGUUAAAAUGUCAGACUGAGGUCAAAGGGACUUAUUUAUGACUUGAAACCUACGUUGCCUUUCAGACAUUCUUCUUCCUACUUUUUAACUACAUGUGACAUUUCAGUUGGCUGUUACCAUAGACAGUAUAUAAAGAUAUACAGAUGUUAUACAGAUAUACACCUUUAUAUACAGUCUAUGGCUGUUACUAUUGGACAUGUCAAUUGAUCAUGCAUCAGUCAUGUGUAAGUGAGGACCCGGCAAUAAAUAAAUGUUAAGUUUUACACACUGA